AUGACGAAACCUUCUGGCUUUUCUGCAGUUUUCUUUUCAGCAUCAGGGAUACAGCUGGUUUUAAUCUUCUAUCUUUAUAAAUUCGGCUGGCUAGCAGAAAAAAUAAAGUUGGCAGCAGCGAAUAAAGGAAAAGAUGAAUUUAAUUCUUGCGUGAUUAAAUACAAAACACGAUCAUCACCACGAAAGGAGGAGGAGGAGCCAACAGUAAAUAUAAAAAAUAAGACCAAUUUCCUUUUUGAAGUCCACGUAGCAGGAAAAGGAAGUACUUAUCUAUCUAUCUAUCUAUCUAUCUAUCUAUCUCAGCCUGUUCAUAUCUAUAUACCUGUCUAUCUAUCCCAAUUUAUUCAUAUCUAUCUAUCUAUCUAUCUAUCUAUCUAUAUAUAUAUAUAUAUAUAUAUAUAUAUAUAUAUAUAUAUAUAUAUAUAUAUAUUUCUUUCUUUCUUUCUUUCUUUCUUUCUUUCAUCUUCCUCUCUUCUCAAACACUUAAGAAAGCUGACAUUACCACUUUAA